UUACUGAAAGCAAGACUGGUUUUGGCCGGUGAACGCUAUGUUGAGCGUAAAGAAGAAUGAUAUAUUUUUUCGGCAAUUAUCUGCUAGGUCCUACAGUGAGCGGGUAUCUGUUCACUGGGGACUGCUGAUGUGAGCGCAACCCGUGUGCGUCAGGAUAGUAGUCCGUGUCGAAGGUUUAAAGAGUUUUGUUUACAAAAUGGAUGAAUUUAAACCCUGUAACCUGGACUACUUUCCCGAAAACAUUUUAAUUGACGUAUUGUCGUAUCUGAGCGUACGGGAGCUCGUUAGAGCUGGAAGAGUGUGCAAGAGAUGGAAACGCCUUGUGAAAGACCAAAGACUGUGGAGAUUCGUCGAUCUGACUGCAUGGAAAGGGGUGACAUCCCGCAUACUUUGGCUCCUGCUGCGUCAGUACCUGGGUUGCGGACUAAGGUGUCUCCGGUUGCGUGGUUUGCUGCUUUCUGCCCGAGGGGGCACCUUCCUCUCUGAGUCUUGGCUCAAAGCUUUGUCCACAAAGUGCCCUCGCCUGAGUAAGCUCUAUCUCCUGCAUGCAGACCUGAGAAGUCUGCCCAGUUGCCAGCUCCUACCUCCUUCUUUGCAGGUGCUGGAGCUACGUGGCUGUGAGCUGCCUCGUGAAUUUUUCAACCAGACACCUACUUCAUCUGCUAGUUCCCAAGAACGAGCAGAAGCCACAUCCAGUGUUGGUGCUCAACAGCAGAGAAGGGAUCAGAAAGGAAAAGGACCUGGCUCUCCAUCUGGGAUUGGUAUUGAGAGGUUAAUCCUUAACAACGUACCCUCUUUCACAGACCAGCAUCUGCAGAGUCUGAAAUCAUGGGAGAGGCUCAGUCGAUUGGAGCUGCGUGACACCUUUCGUGUGACUGCUAACGGGCUCAGGAGCUGUGCUACCAAGGAUGGCACUUGUGGCGUGGAAGGACUUUCCAGACUCAAGUAUCUGGAAAUAGGCAUCACUGGGCGGCAAGGCUACCAGUUACAGAUGGCCUCCCUUGGGCUGGGGGCAGGAUGGCUCGGACUGGAGGAGCUGAGUCUGGGUGGUAAGGAGGUGGGGCCAGGUUUGCUCUGUGCCAGCCGUUUGAAAGACCUGAAAUGUCUGUGCCUGUGGGCCUGCACACUCAGUGAGAUGCAGAUAGUGCGGAGCUGCAGGAUGCUUCGUGGGCUCUGCCGGCUGGAGUUUUUAGACGUGAUCUUCCAGCCUCGGCAGUGUCCACCAGUGGUGGAGGGGGAGGGUGGUGGAGGUGAAGAGCAGGACAGAGAGGAAGCUGCAGGUGCAGACAGCAGCAAUGAUGAGAACAAGACGCCAGAUAAGAAUGAUCCUAUUCCAAGUUUGCGUCGCUCACUGGCUGUCCUGCUGCCAUCCUGUAUACUAGUUUUCACCAACUGCUCUGUUCAGAUCAAUGCAGAAUAAAUUCAGUCUUCAGAACUGCAGCAUACAAGUGGCCAAUCUGGAUAAAAUGUCUUUUCACACAGGCAUAUGCAAUUUUAUAUUGCAUUAUUGCUAUAAUGAAUUAUUUAAGUUUUAUUAUUGUGUUAUGCAUAUAACUAGACUAGGAUAUUUCCAAACCAUUGUUCUUCAAACUUGAAUACAAGCUUACUUCUAUAUUUUUAUGGAAAAUCAACAGAGAAACUCUUUAUGUAUAAAAUGACCAUACACGAAAGACUGAUGGCUAAUCCUGCAAAUUAAAAAAAUCCCCCAAAAUUAAGGUACUUCAUCACAGUGAUGGGAAAAAAACAUUUUGCCACAAAGCAGUCUUGUUCUUUGAUUUGUAACAUUGCCUCAGUGACAAACACAUUAACAUUAGAGCUACAACUUUAUAAGCGGUUUGAAAAAUCUUAGAUAGACAGGUAGACAAAUUUAUAUCAUCCCAUGCUAUAUAUGGUCAAAUCGUCCAUCCCUACUGCUUCAGGGCAGUCUCACUUCCAGAUUAAUUGCUCACAUGGUUUAAAAAAAAAGCUAAUACAGGUCUGGCACAUGUGGACACAAACAUGUUUUUAGCAUACUCUUUUAAACUCAGUCACAAUUUGAAACAAAAUUUCGAACUACCACUGCUAGACUGUAAAGACAUAAGCAGGUGUCAGCUACAAAGGCAGAGAACUAAAGCAUACUGCUGGCAAUGAGCCACCUGUUUCCUGUUCCUUCACUCCUUUUCAAUAAUGUAUAUAUUCAGAAAAAUAUCCGUUACAAGCAGGUGUUUGGUUUUGGUGUAACAGAAGACAAGCAUAACGUAUUUAAAUUGAUCUUUAUCAAGUCCCAAUUCCCUGUUACUUGCCCAUUUGUUUUCUAUAUGAUUUUUAGAAAUUAUGAAAUAAGAAACCUGAAUUGUAGAUGUCUGUACAUUGUAUUAAUGGGGGGGAAACAUGGAAGAUCUGUGUCACUGACAUGAAUUAUGUUGUAUUUAAACCAACCAAUUAAAGGUUACAAUGAGAAAUUGUUUUGAAUAAACCUAUUUUGAACAAAUAUA